AUGUCCUCACCUAUUCUCCAUCACAUCUCUGCAACCCCAACCAUCAGUACUGCCACCGAAGAUCCGUUUAUCUCCCCUGACUUCCAUCUGCGAGACCGAAGCCUGAGUCCGGCGUCUCGUGUGUCGGUAGCGUCAUCAGCGGCCGCCAGCUUUGCUGAUGUCUCAACUUCUCAGCGUUCCCGCUCCGCGUGGUGGUGGCCUAUAGAUGCCCCAUUUCGAAUCUCACCCUUCAGAGCGAUUCCAUUACGAUGGCUUGUGAUCUUACUCUGCCUCAGUAUGGCUUUUAUCAUCUGGCACUUGCCCCUACCUACGACGCGCGAGCUCACACCGCAGUUCCCGGGAUCCCACUCUACCACUGCCCUUCAAGUUCUUCGACCUCACAACUCUGCCGGAGUCCCUAUAAAGGACCCUGAACAGUGGUUGAGAGAAAACUCGGAGGACGCUGUUGCGAGGAACGAGAGGUGGUGGAAGAGGUCUCCGCGAAAACCCAGGGCUGCAAUCAUUAGCUUAGUACGCAAUGAAGAGCUCGAAGGAAUCAUGCAAAGUAUGCGCCAGCUAGAGCAUCACUGGAACAAGAAAUAUCAAUAUUCUUGGGUGUUCUUCAACGAAAAACCCUUCAGCGAAAGAUUCAAGGCUGCGACCUCGAACCUAACCUCAGCACGAGUCUACUACGAGCUGAUUCCGAUCGAACAUUGGUCGACGCCCGAAUGGGUCGAUGAAGAUCGUUAUAUGAAUAGUCUUGACUACCUGGGGACUAUUGGCGUUGGCAAAGGUUGGAUGCUCAGCUACCGCAACAUGUGCCGGUGGAAUAGUGGUUUUUUCUACAAGCAUCCUAGGUUGAGAGAUUUUGAUUACUACUGGCGAGUAGAGCCAGACGUCCAUUUCUUCUGCGACAUCAACUACGACCCGUUUCGUUUCCUCCACGAAAAUAACCUGGUCUACGGGUUCAAUAUGAAUAUUCUCGAUGAUGCUCGUUCUUUCCCGACGCUUUGGGCAAAGACAGUAGACUUCAUCCAACAGCAUCCGGACUUAGUGCACCCAGACGCCGACCUCGACUGGCUUGUGGACGAGCAGGGUGAGUAUAACAACUGCCAGUUCUUUUCCAACUUCGAAAUCGGAAGCCUCAACUUCUUCCGAGCCAAAGAGAAUGAGAAGUACUUCGACUGGCUUGACAAGCACGGAGGAUUCUACUACGAGAGAUUCGGCGAUGCACCAAUCCACACACUGAGUGUGGCGAUGUUUGCGCCCAAGCAGGCAGCGUGGUUCUUCCGCGAUAUUGGCUAUCAGCAUGAUAUUAAUCGGCAUUGUCCGCCACACAGUGAAGAUAGGUGCUCAUGUCAGCCAACCAAUCUUGACGAGAACUUCUACAAACUGGUGCCCCUCGAGAGUCCACAGAUGAAGCCGAGGGACACUUGUAUUCGGCAGUGGCUGGGUUCCGGAGUCAAUGGCCGAGGAGUUGAUUGGCUCAAGAAGAAAGAUGGAUGGAGUCAAGAUGCCGAGAGAGCGUUUGGGGGAGAUGGAUAUGGUGGGUACGUGGUUGAUGGUAUGGUGUGA